AUGAAUUUCGAUCUUCCGGAAAGCUACACACUCAAAAAUGCGAAUUUGCGUGGUUUGAAUUGGAAAUAUGUUGAUUUACUCCCUAAAAGUCCACAAAAAGGCACUUUCUUACUUGUGCACGGCUUUCCCGAUACAUGGUUCAGCUGGCACACUGUCGCUAAGCAGCUCGUAACGGCUGGAUAUCGCUGUGUGAUUCCAUCGCUCGUCGGCUUCUGUGGGACAGACACUCCUGAUGACUUGAAGCGAUACACGCGUGUUGAGAUGGCUCACGACAUGGCAGCCCUACUCGAGCAGCUUGAAAUUGAGCAAGUAGUCGCAGUUGGUCAUGACUGGGGAAGUAUGGCAGUGCAGCGGCUGGCCGCCAUAUCUCCAUCUAAAGUUGAAAAAGUUAUACUGUUGAGUGUGCCAUACACACCGCCGGCGACAGUUAGAUGCACACUGGAGAGCGUUGUGGAAGGAGGAUUCCCCGUAUUUGGAUAUCAGCUUCUGUGGAGAGAUGACAAAACAAUAGCGAGAUUAGAAAGCAGCGAGCCUCUCCGUAAGUCCUUCUUCGCCAGUCUUUUCUCUAGGCCUGGCGACAAAAGUGUACGGCCUGUCGGAUAUAAUUGGCAAAAACUCGGGUCGGAAGAGUGGGCUGCCGAAAUGCAUCCUCACACUACACACGAGUCGUCGCUUCUUGGUGCAUUCUAUGAAUGGCACGUUGCCCAGUUCAGCAGGUUCGGCAUGAGGGGUCCUUGCAGUCAGUAUAAGGUUUGGGAGUUGAACAGCGAACUAGAAGUGCAGCUCGAGCUGCCACAACGCCUCGAACAACCCAUUCUGCAGGUUUUCUUCGGCGGAGAAAGCCUCCUCAGUAAUAGACAGAAGAGGAUGGCUGUCGAAUCUUCUAACGAUCAAAUCAAGACUGUAAUAGUGGAAGAUGGGGAGUCUCACUGGUAUUUGUUGGAAAAACCAGACACGAUCAGCAAGCUUAUUUUUGAGUAUGUCGAUUGCGCAGGGCAGGCUAAGAGUAAUUUGUAA